UGCUGACUGCUCUCCUCCACGACCAUCAACAUGCCUGAGCAAUCUCAAUAUUCGCAAGCGGCUCGAAUGCCAUUAAUCAAAUCACCCAGUCUCCGUAUUCCGCGGCCGGUCACACUCCCUCCAGACAUCCACCCUCUUCCCGAGUCGAUUGCUCCCUACAUGGUCUACCCCUUCACGCUCGAGCCGCACAUCAUAACGCUGGAGUCAUCGCGCCAGGCCACCGUCGCUGCACACGACGCGCGGAGGGAUGCAUACUUGAAGAGUCGGGCGGAUGAGAAGGACCGGCGGAAGCGGGACGCUCUGCGGCGUAUCGCCCCUGGUUUCGAGCCUGGCGAGGGACACGUCCUGGUACCCACCAAGCGCUCCUCGUUGGUGGGAUCCCCACCUCCAGUAUCUGCUGCUCCCACACCGCCUGCUCCGCCGAAAUCCGUCAUGGACGAUCUUGUCGAUCGGCUGGCUGCGAUGGAUUCUGAAGCCGAGUCACGGUCUGCCCGCCCAUAGAGCUCCCCGCUUUGGGUCCACUGUCAUCUUCUCCCUUAGCGGCUCUCGAGCAUCAAGCUUGCGGUCCAGACUCAUCAGAGGCUAGGUACUUGGUCGGGUCAUGUACUGUGCAAUCCCAUAAUAUCCGCAAGUGAAACGCAAGAGCGGUUCCACUGGCAGGAUAUUCUCUUUGCUUUGACUGGGAC